AUCCACGGCUACGUGAGAGUCACCAGACAAUUCCAUCCCACCCCUGCUUCCUUCUUAGAGCAUGGCCAGAGUUAAGUCCUCUGUGCACUGAUCCAGAGGAAAAUGACUUAUUUUCAAAAGCAGUGAAAAUCCGGCAUUCCUUUGGCACAGGAUGAAGACCAGCUCAGCUCUUCAGCCAGUUGAUCAUUGUCUAUUGUUCUCCUAACAGUAAACUACUCUUUCACACCCAGAUUGUAGGCUGCGGUUUGGUCAGUGCGGGGUUCUUCAUGAAUAUGAAGUGAAGGGCUUUGACCCAGAAAGUGGUAGGUCAUCUUAAACAAGGAUAACAAAAAAGAAAAAAACGAAAAAACCAAAAAACCAAACAGACAGGUAGGAAACCAAACAGACUUUGUGUCACUCUCUCCUACAGGUUCUGAGCUGGGGGAAAUGGGGGCUUGGAAAUGUGGAGGCUGCCUAGGUGGUCUGCUGAUACCCUUGGCACUUUGGAGUAUAAUUGUGAAUAUCUUAUUGUAUUUCCCAAACGGGCAAACUUCCUAUGCUUCCAGCAAUAAGCUCACCAACUACGUGUGGUAUUUCGAAGGAAUCUGUUUCUCAGGUGUCCUGAUACUGCUGUCGGUUAUCUUUUCUGCCCUUGGAAUUAUUUCCUCUGGGUACUGCCUGGUGAUAUCUGCCUUGGGCCUUAUUCAGGGACCAUACUGCCGUACCCUCCAUGGAUGGGAGUAUGCCUUCGAAAGCACUGCUGGACGUUUCCUGACAGAUUCCAGCAUCUGGGUUCGGUGCCUGGAGCCUGCACAUGUAGUGGAGUGGAACAUCAUUUUAUUUUCCAUCCUCAUAGCUCUGAGUGGGCUUCAGGUCAUGGUGUGCUUGAUCAGAGUCGCCAUCCAGCUUUCCAAGAUGCUGUGUGGAACCUACUCAGUCAUCAUCCAGCCUGGAGUCAUUUGAAUAAGGACAAAAAUAUUUUCUAUUAUCAAGACAUCUACUGUAUAGACUGAAGAAAACAUUCAAGUGGUCAUGAUUUCUCCAUUUGGCAUUUUCUUUGCCUACUUGGAAAAUUUACAGUUCACAACUGAAAUAUUUCAUGCUACUCUUACACUUAGGAUUAUUUUUUCCUAAGCAGUAAAUGUCAGGAUCUUCACUUACAUAAUGUUUAUAACUGUUAGUCAAACAAAUUCAUACCCAACCCACUGUUCCAUGUAAAUAAAGAAAACACAAGACAAAAGUUCAUACUAGGAUUGACCUGCCAAUGCCCAUGUUCAGCAGAGAAGCAAUUACAGAAGCCAGAACUCCUACCUUGUACACCCAAUAAAGAAUAUUGGUCCAUACUCCCAGAGGGAGAGAAAUGUUAAGGGAAGAACACUGGAGGGCUCUGAACCCUAAUUUCAUCAGGACCAAGAGAGAGAGGAGGAAAAUAAGAAUGGCCUUUGGAAGUAGCAAUAGGUGUGACUUAGAAAGGAAGAGAAUGCAGGUUCAUAGGAAAAAAAUUGGAAAAAUAGAUAGACAAACAGACAAUUAUAGAAAUAACAGUCAGAUAGAUAGAUAGAUAGAUAGAUAGAUAGAUAGAUAGAUAGAUAGAGAUAGACAGACAGACAGACAAACAGACAGUUACAGAAAUAAUAGUCAGAGAGAGGUCGGGCAGUAGUGCAGUGGAUUAAGUGCACAUGGUACAAAGCGCGAGGACUGGUGUAAACAUCCCGGUUCAAGCCCCCAGCUCCCCACCUGCAGGGGGAUAAAUUCUUGUAGAUUCAGCUUUUAUCCUAAAUUCAUUUGAGUUAUUUGAUACUUUGUUUAUUUUACAUAAAUAUGUUUAUUUGUGUGUAUUAUUCAUCCACCCUUAUAAAUCGGCAUCAUUAGUAUACAUAGAAAAAAAUAAGGAAUCCAGCAAGAAGCUUUUGGAAAUCAACAGGAAAUACAGUAAGGUGUCAGGCUACAAAAUUAACAUUCAAAAGUCAGUGGCAUUCUUCUAUGCAAACACUAAGUUAGAAGAAGAUGAAAUCCAGAAAUCAAUUCCUUUUCCUAUAGCAACAAAAACAAUAAGAUAUCUAGGAAUAAAACUAACCAAAGAAGUGAAAGACUUGUAUACUGAAAAUUAUGAGUCACUACUCAAGGAAACUAAAAAAGACACAAAGAAGUGGAAGACAUUCCAUGUUCAUGGGUUGGAAGAAUUAACAUCAUCAAAAUGAAUAUACUACCCAGAGCCAUCUACAAAUUUAAUGCUAUCCCCAUCAAGAUCCCAACCACAUUUUUUAGGAGACUAAAACAAAUGCUACAAAUGUUUAUCCGGAACCAGAAAAGACCUAGAAUUGCCAAAACAAUCUUGAGAAGAAAGAAUAGAACUGGAGGCAUGACACUCCCAGAUCUCAAAUUGUAUUAUAGGGCCAUUGUCAUCAAAACUGCUUGGUACUGGAACAUGAAUAGACACACUGACCGGUGGAAUAGAAUUGAGAGCCAAGAAGUAAGCCCCCACUACUAUGGACCUCUAAUCUUUGACAAAGAUGCCCACACUAUUAAAUGGGGCAAGGUGAGUCUCUUCAACAAAUGGUGUUGGAAAAAAUGGGUUGAAACAUGGAGAAGAAUGAAACUGAACCACUAUAUUUCACCAAACACAAAAGUAAAUUCCAAGUGAAUCAAGGACUUGGAUAUUAGACCAGAUACUAUCAGAUACUUAGAGGAAAAUAUUGGCAGAACUCUUUUCCGCAUAAAUUGUAAAGACAUCUUCAAUGAAACAAAUCCAAUUACAAAGAAGACUAAGGCAAGUAUAAACCUAUGGGACUACAUCAAAUUAAAAGAUUUUAUAUUAUUAUAUUACUGCUGGAAAAAUACUUUGAAAUUAUAUUCCAACUGGUAUGGAUUUCUUUACUUAAAAAUAUGCAUGAUGAUUAUGCAAGGGACUUCCAUGCCUGAGGUUCUGCGUCCCAGGUUCAAACCCCACCAUCACCAUAAGCCAGAGCUGAAUGUAUUCUGGUCUGUCUAUCUAUCUCUCCAUGUUUCUCUCAUUAAGUAAAUAAAAUAUGUUUUAACAGAA